CUCAGCUUCUGUGUUACGAUAACUGACUCGGCUGGACAUAUCCUCUAUGCCAAGGAGGAUGCCACUAAGGGCAAGUUCGCCUUCACAACUGAGGACUAUGACAUGUUUGAGGCAUGUUUUGAGAGCAAGCUACCUGUGGGAACAGGGCGGAUGCCGGACCAGCUUGUGAUCCUGGACAUGAAGCAUGGAGUGGAAGCAAAGAACUACGAGGAGAUCGCUAAAGUGGAGAAGCUAAAGCCUCUGGAGGUGGAGCUGCGGCGCCUGGAGGACCUUUCUGAGUCAAUUGUCAAUGAUUUUGCUUACAUGAAGAAACGAGAGGAGGAGAUGAGGGACACCAAUGAGUCAACCAACACGAGGGUCUUGUACUUCAGCAUCUUCUCCAUGUGCUGUCUUAUUGGACUGGCCACCUGGCAGGUUUUCUACCUGCGUCGCUUCUUCAAAGCCAAGAAGUUGAUUGAGUAAGAAGGCAACUCCCCUUCCCCUCUCCUGAGCCCUGCUGGACACCAUCGGAACCCAACAAUGGCUCUUCAGAGCCAUCUUAUAGAUGAUACCACUGACUGGAGCUUUCCUGCAGGAACUGGCCCCCUAAAGUGGGAGGAGGGGAGCAUAAGCACUGGAGACAGCUGGGGGAGUCUUCAGUCCUGUUGGAAUAUGGGUUUGGGGGAGGGUGUGAUGGGUGCAGGGACUCAGGGGGCAGCGAUUAAAUAAAAAUGAUGUUUCCCUGACAGCUGCAGUUGGCUUUUGCUGCUGUCUGUUCUCCUUUAUAAUCUAGGUUUGAUUCUGUCUCCUAUUGUGCCUGUGACCAUUGCAUUACUCUAAGUGACUUGAAUAUGCUGAGCUUGUUCUCUGCCACACUAAAACUGGAGGUGGGGAAGGGGUGGGACCCCAAGCUCUGACCUGCUGGAACCAUAUCCUUGUGCCAGCAGGGCUUGUUGCAAAGUGACAUGGGUUACUGUUUUAGCAGGGACUCUGAGGCAUAGUCUUUGUCAGACCUUGGUGUUUCUCCCUGUGGGAGCUGGAAUCCUUGGCUGAUGACUGGAGGGAAUUGGGCACAUGGGUGUGGAGGAAGGGGAACUAAAUAAUUUAACAAUAAAUUGUGGAGCUUGGAGAUGAGAAGCCUGCCUUGCCUCGGACAAGUUGUUUGGAUUUGGCCCAGUCUGACUGGCUAUUUUGCCUUGGAUUUGCUUUUUCCAUUCUGGAAUGAUGAAGCAGUUUCCUAAAAGCAGCUUUGUUUCUGAGGAGCUUUGUGUGAAAAUGGGAAGCCUCACACAGGUAUAUUUGUAGUGCGAAUGGGAACGUGGUAGGUUGGGAAUUUCAGUCUUUGGUAAAGAACAGUGAACCCCUCUUCUCAUCUGACAUGGCUAGACUUGAUGCAGUGUGAGGCUGGCUGGACUUCUAUUUUACCAGACUUUAAAACAGGCAGCAGUAGCUUGGUUUAGCUGUAGCAAAGUGAAAUGUGAAGCCUUGCAUGUGGUGUACCCUGUGUGCAUGGGGAGACCCUACGUACCAUCUAGCAAAGGAGUGGAUAGGGGAAUGUAGAUGACCUGGAGUACAAUGUACUGGGAAUUGUCAUAUGCCCUUCUGUAAGUCUCCAAGCAGGUGAGAACUUGUGGUGAGGGCAAAAUUGUCUUGGAAACCUUCCUAAGCUGAUGAAAACAACUAUGCUGCAGAGAGGAGGAAGUCCUUUGUGAUUCUUCUCUUGCCAGCAUGGAGCUGUGCUGAAACAAGCCAGUCUGGGAGGACCAGGUAGGCUCAUUUCCUGAACGUAUUCCACAGCAAUUUCUAGACAGAAUUAUUACAGUUCUUCCGCCUUGUCUGCAUUUCCAUGGAAUAAAAGGUUCAGUAGCCUGGAAAACCCCCAGCCCUAUACCUUGGCCCUCGUGGCUGGGAGUGUUAUGUGUCUCUAACCCUGGGCCUCCUUACUAUUCAGAAAAAGCAGCUUUUGCGGGUUUUUUUUAAUGUUGUGAAUUUAGACUAGAAAUAAGUUAAUAUUUGUGCUGGGGUGGGGUGGUUCAGAGUCAAAGAUUGUCAUAACGCAGGACUGUCCGCUGUU